GCUAUUUGUCCGAUCACUUCGGACAAUUGAGCAGAUAAGGAAAUCUAGCAUAGCACGGCAUAGGUUACGAAGCUUUAUUCAAGCUAUGCAGAUCGGCGAUAGUGCGUGUCGGUUGGAUAACGCCUUUGUUAAUUCGAAUGUGUAACACGCAAUCUGACGACCAAGCAGGCAAGCAACCUCAGGUGUGCGACGGGAUGAUAACAUCUCGCAACGAGGAGACAAACCGAUGAUAAAAGGGUUCAUCAACCCAUAUUAAUUCGGAAAUCACUUUCAACUAAGAAGUAUCGGAAGUCUGUGCUCCAUCCUUCGUAUUACAACCUUGUGUCAUAUCUCCUACACUUCAAAGCGCUGCUCCACUGUACACGUUGAAAGAUGUCGAUGACAUUUACCGUCCACGCGCCUCCGGCCACGACCGGCGUUCUUAAGCUCACUGGAGAGCCCAGGUUCUCUAUCAAGUCAUUCGAUUGUGACAUCAAUAAUCUUGAAGAAAUCAUCGAGGCUAUCAAAUAUUCAGGUUGCGUUCGAGUCAAAGGGUUUUUGAACCCAGAAGAGGUUGCUGCUGCUGAGGUUGACGUGCGACCUGCUCUCGAUUCCGCCCAAUACAGCAGUCCCGACGAUCCCACUAAGCGCCUGGCACGCCUUCCUCAGCAUUCUCCGAAGCUGACGGAGAAAAUACUGACGGACAAGCUCUAUUUAGGUGUCAUGGACAGAUUCCUCAGCAUAUUACAUACUUCCUGGCUAGGCGCUUCCAAGAAGGUCGAGACGGUGGAAGUCCCUAUUGUAGCUAUGUCAUCAAUUUUUGAGGUCGGACCUGGAAUGCACAUGCAAGACCUGCACCGCGAUGAUGGCAUUUGGUACAACGAUUUCCCUGCCAUCGAGCCCGAGGAAUACCAGUUCGGCCGCGAUGUAUCGAUUAGUUUCUUUGUGGCUGGUAGCCGUACCACGGUUGCUAACGGCGCCACCAAGGUCAUACCUGGUAGCCACCUGAGCGCAGCGGACUCCCAGCCGGACCCAUCACAAGCCGUUGAUGCAGAACUCGAUGCGGGAGAUGCAUUCUUCAUGCUAUCCAGCUGUUACCACGGAGCUGGGGAAAACAGCACGUCAGAUGAGAUGAGACUUGUGUAUGCUCUGUUUAUGCAGAAAGCAAACCUUCGUCAGGAAGAAAACUUUGCUCUUUACCUAGACCAUGACUUAGUUAGGUCGUACCCCUUGGACGUCCAGCGCCGCCUUGGAUACGAUGUCUGCAUGCCCAACCUUGGCUGGGUGGACCAUGCCUCGCCGUUGGAGAGUGUUUUGAAACAGAAGGGAGCUGACAAGCGAAAUAUGCCCGGAUACAAUGCAGUCCAAGGCAUUGCAGACGAGCGUGCGAAACACAGCUGGCAUGAGACUGAGGCAAAGUCGCUCGGACUUAACUAAGUGUUUGAAAGUAUCAGCCAGGAGACUAUUAGUUCCGCACACAGAGUGGAUGAAUUUCUUGUCC